AUGGCGACCAGCGACGAGCUCGCCCAGAUCGACAUCUCCAAGGAGGUACGCACGUCAUUACGAGCCCACCCUCCGCGCUGCGGAACGCCCGCCCGCGAGGUGUUCGACGGUUUGUCUGACCCACCGGUCCUGCAGGAGAAGGACAAGCUGGUGGCGGAUGUGAUGCGCUACAUGCUCUUCAAGACGCACCAGAACUCCGACUGCCCCAUCAAGCGGGAGGAGCUCACCGGGAUCGUCACCAAGAACUACCGCCAGCGUGCGCUGCCCACGCUCGUCAUCAACGAGGCCAAGGACAGGCUCGCCGCCACCUUCGGCUACGAGAUGAGGGAGCUGCAGAGGACCCGUGCGCCAGCCACGCGUUCUGGCCGACCGUCACAGCCGCAGCUUAACGUGGAGGCCAAGAGCUAUGUUCUGAUCAGCAACUUAGACCCUGAGGUGUACAGCAAGUAUGUAGAGGACAAGGGCGCUGCCCAUCUGUCUGGCUUUGCUUUCACUGUCAUUAGCACUAUUCAUCUUGCUGGUGGCAAAAUGCCCGAAGAGGACCUCUGGCAUCAGUUGAAGCGGGUGGGUGUGAAUGAGAAUGACGAGACUCACCCUGUUCUUGGUAACAAUAAGCAGACGCUCGAACACCUAGUGCAGCAAAGGUACUUGCUGAAGGAGAAAGUUGCUGGACCAGAAGGCCAUUUCAUGAUGUAUGAGCUUGCCGAGAGGGCAUUGGAUGAAUCCAUCAGUGGGAAGAUUAAAGAUCAUAUUUCACAGCCAUACAAACCAUGA